AUGGAAAGGCAAGAUGAAACUAUAAAGACAAUUACUGAUCUUAUUCACUCUGUUAGUUCUCAAAUUAACAAUUCGUCGAAUCACAUAGAGACGCUAGAAGGUUUGACUAAUAAACUAGUACCUAAUGAAAUUCGAGAGGUGGGUGUUCAAGAUAAACGGCAAACAAAGCGGGAGUUAUCAGUAGAAGAAGAGGAAGAGUAUAUAAUACGGAUAUUAGAACAACAGAGGCUAGAACGGGUAAUAGAUUUGCAAAAUCACGAGCAUAUGAAUGAGAAGCUAAUGGAACUAAUUGAUCUGAACGAGGAUAUCUUGCAAAGUGUCAAAGAAUACCUUGAAAUCAAGGAAAAGACAAGAGAAGAUGAAAGAAAGUUUGCGGACUCAAGAAUCAAGCAUUUUACUGAUGAUAUGGUUGAACCAACUAUAGAGGUUCUAGAAUCUAAUUUGCUUAACUUGAAUAAUGGCAUAGAACAAGUGGAGCAUACGCUAAGUGGAUUUGUAGAAGAUUUACAAAAUAGUGAUCAGAAGAUGUCACCGGAGUACCAGGAAAAGGUUAAUGCAUUAAUUCAAGUUAUAAACAAGGCCUCUAAUAUAUAA